GAGUUGGACCAGCCUAUUGAUUGCAGAACCGGUUUGAGUUUAAACCAGAAGGAGCAGAUCCUAUAUCUAUUGAACAUGCUAAAACUCAUCUGGACCUUCUUCAACGAAUUGAUUGAGAAAUUCGAUGAGCGUACUGAAGUUGAUAUUCUGGAAAAUAAACUCAACGCACACCUUGAACGAUUAAGACGAUCUGUUGACGAGGAAGUGUAUGAUGCCGAGGAAAAGGUUGCCAGUCUCAAAAAAGAUCUUAAAGACAUCAUCAAAAAGACGUCGGAUAUUUGGAGCAAGAUGUGUGAUAACGAAGUCCAGCAAGUGGAACAAUCUGGUGGACGGUCGACGAGAGUAGAUACUGUGAUGAGCUUCAGUUCAGCGAGAAUAGAUCCAUUCAUGGUAGAGAAAGAAACGUUGGUGGGCUCUAAUGAUGAGGCGACCAACUGUAUCGUAUUGGCCAUUUCUCCUGCUGAUCAAGAUAUUUCAACUUCUGACAGCUAUAAAGCUUGCCAAAGAAGUUGGUCCUACAGGUGA